AUGGCCCCUCCACAAUACAUUAUCAACGCUCAUGUUUUUGGCGAGACAUAUGACAACGAAGAAGUUGGUUUUCUGUUUAGAAACACUGAGGUUAAACGAUUUUGUUUAAGCAGAAAAGCAAAUUUCAGUUACUUCAAAGGGAGAUUAGAGACGAAGCUUGCAAUGGGUGGUGUAUCCCAGAUUUUUUACCAAUAUCGAUUUCUUCGUGGAGACAACCCGGUCAAGUUUAUCCAAGUUGAGAUCAAAGACGAUGAAGACAUGCAGAAUAUGUUUGCCAAUCAUGAGUAUUCUGGUUACGAAUGCAUAGAACUGUAUGUUACUCUACCAAAAGUUCAACCCACACAAAUGGUUGAGUCACAAGUCAUUGAUGCACUUGGAGACGAGCAAGCAGAGGUCGACGUUGUAGAUGAAGAAGAAGAAGCACCGGAAAUAGAAGUUGAUAACCUGGUCAACGAGGAAAGUGAAGAUGAACCGGAAGUUGUUGUACCACGAGAUCAAGUGCAUAUGCCUCCAGCGCACAUGAGGAACCUGGAUUUUGAUGGGGAUGACGAACCAUCGACUGAUAUUUUCUAUGAUCCAUACACCCAAACAGAUCAACGGUUAAAAGUAGGAGACAGAUUUCGUUCUAAGGAGGCAUGUAUCAUGGCCAUAAAAAGAUUUCAUAUGGCAAACAAUGUUGAUUUUAGAGUUGAUCGCGCCAAUGUCGAAAGGUACAAAAUUUACUGUAGAAACACUGAUUGUGGAUUCAGGUUGCAUGCAUCAUACAGGAAGAGAAGUGACUCAUGGGUUAUAGGAUAUAUUUCCCAAGAUCACACAUGUGUUAACACAAAUGUUUCACAAGAUCACCGUAAGCUAAGUUAUGACAUUAUUUGUCAAGAAAUCUUGCCUCUAGUUGAAAAAGAUCCAUCGUUAAAGGUGAAAACGAUAAUCUCUCAUAUCGUUGCAACGUACAACUACACUCCGUCUUAUAGAAAGGCGUGGCUGGCGAAGACCAAAGCGAUCGAAGUUGUGUAUGGAAAUUGGGAGGAUUCGUACAAACGACUCCCACAUUUCUUAUAUGCGCUUCAACUUUAUGCUCCUGGAACUGUUACUAUUUUAGAGACCCUUCCGGCGCAAUCUCCAGACGGAACGUCCCUUCAAGGGAAUGUGAUAUUCUACAGGCUCUUCUGGGCUUUCCGCCCAUGUGUACAAGGAUUUUUAUAUUGCAAACCAAUUCUUCAAAUAGAUGGAACUUGGUUGUACGGAAAAUAUAAAGGCACCAUGUUGAUGGCUGUGGCUCAAGACGGAAAUAGUAACAUCUUUCCUGUUGCUUUCGCUCUUGUGGAAGGAGAAACUGCUGGAGGUUGGGGUUUCGUUCUCAAAAAUCUUCGGACACACGUUGCCCCCCAACCUGGACUUUGCUUGAUUUCAGACAGACAUGCUGCCAUCGAGAGUGCGUACAACAAUCCAGCAAACGGGUGGCAAAACCCUACAUCAACGGAUGUUUACUGUAUUCGACACAUUGCACAAAAUUUCAUGCGGGAGAUAAAGGACAGGGCUCUUCGGAAGACUCUUAUCAAUGCCGGAUAUGCGUUGACUCAACCGACGUUCCAAUAUUAUCGACAUGAAAUUGUAGCGGAAAAUCCAGAUGCAGGCAGAUGGGUAGACAAUCUUGCUAGAGAGAAAUGGACCAGAUCAUACGACAACGGGAAGCGAUGGGGGCACAUGACUACGAAUCUUGUGGAGUCUAUGAACGGGGUGUUUAAGGGCGUCAGACACCUUCCGAUUACUGCCUUGGUGGAAGCAACAUACUAUAGGAUGGCUUCUCUUUUCGCAAGAAGAGGAAUGGAAAAUAUUGAAGAAAACCAAACAAACAAGCACAGGUCUCAGAGAACGGGUAAGGGAGUCGGUUGCGCAAUGGGAAGGUAA